CGAAUAUUUGAGCACAUUGAAAGUUUAAUCAUCAUAAAAAUUUAUUUAUAUCAUCAUUAGCAUCACGGUUUUAAUCAUUAAAUAUUAAGAGAUGGAAGCAGUAAAUGGAAAUUCGGAAGUUUCAGUGAAUGGAUCUCUAAAAACUGAAAUACAGCAUAAGAAGGAUGGGAUUUCGAAUGGUAAUCAUGAAGAUGAAGAGCACGAUGAGAUGCAGUAUAUUAAUUUAAUUAAGACAAUUUUAAAGAAAGGAAUUGCUCGGGGCGAUCGUACAGGUGUUGGAACUGUCAGUAUAUUUGGUGCACAAAUGCGCUUUAAUUUACGGGAUCAAUUUCCAUUGUUGACAACCAAACGAGUAUUUUGGCGAGGAGUCGCUGAGGAGCUUUUAUGGUUCAUAAAAGGUUCCACAGAUGCUAAAUUGCUUCAAGCGAAGAAUAUACGAAUUUGGGACGGAAACAGUACGCGUGAAUUCCUCGAUGCAUCCGGUUUUAAUGAGCGUCAAGUGGGUGAUUUGGGUCCAGUUUAUGGAUUUCAAUGGCGUCAUUUUGGUGCCCAAUAUAAGACAUGCGAUCAUGAAUAUGACAAACAAGGAAUUGAUCAAUUAAAAGAUGUUAUUGAACGCAUUAAAUCUAAUCCAAAUGAUCGACGAAUUAUUUUAAGUGCCUGGAAUCCAGUGGAUAUUCCACAAAUGGCACUUCCACCAUGUCAUUGUCUGGUACAGUUUUAUGUCGCAAAUGGCGAGUUGAGUUGCCAAUUAUACCAAAGAUCAGCUGAUAUGGGUCUCGGAGUUCCUUUUAAUAUCGCAUCAUACGCUCUAUUGACGUACAUGAUUGCUCAUGUUACAAAUUUAAAGCCUGGCGAUUUUGUUCAUACUUUUGGUGAUGCUCAUAUUUACACGAAUCACAUUGAGCCUCUCAAAGAGCAACUCGAACGCAACCCUCGUCCAUUCCCACAGCUAAAAAUCAAGCGUCAAGUUCCUAAUAUCGAUGACUUUAAGUUUGAAGAUUUCGAAGUCAUUGGAUAUGAUCCUUAUCCACCCAUCAAAAUGGAAAUGGCUGUUUAAUUAUUAAUUAUAUGAUAAGAUCUGCUAAAUGUCACACAAUCCAAAACCCCUUUUAAAGGUCAACAGUAUCAUCAAAUGAGAAUCAGUAUGCUUAAUAAAAAAUUUAAUUAAAUAUCGAAA